AUGUCUUCGAUAUCAGGUCUGAAAGUGAACAUAAAUCCGCUGAGAAAUGAAGUCCGAGGAAAGAGGAGAACUGAUCAGGUUGCGGUGAAGUGGAGAGUGAGAGCUAUGGGAGGAGAGACGGGAGCUAAGUACAGGGGAACGCAGAUGCGAGAGAAGAAGCUGACGGAGAUGAUCGAGAGCAAAGUGAUGGAAGCCAAGGAGGCGUGCGAUGGAGAUCACGAUGGAUCGGAUGAGUGUAAGGUUGCGUGGGAUGAGGUCGAGGAGGUGAGUCAAGCAAAGGCUCAUUUACGGUCUAAGCUGGAAAGACAGGAGGAUCCGCUUGAGUCUUAUUGUGAUGGGAAUCCUGAGACCGAUGAGUGUGUUGUGUUUGAUGAUUGA